AGACGAUUAGUAAAAAUGGCGACCGAUUCUGUAGCAUGAAAGAUGCAGAGGGCGCAGUACAAGUGAGUAGACGUUCAUCAAAGAAAGAAAAGCAAAAAUUCACACUGAGAAAAGGCAGACAAAAAACCAGAAAUUAUUGUAAUUUAAUUGUUGCCAGACGGAUAAAUUAUCGCACGAAAUCGCUGAACAAGAGCCAGUUUUCCACCAAAUAACACCUUGGAAUUGAAAUUUCGUGCGUCCAUUCGGUUGCUCCAUACUACACAACUACAAAUGUACCCACAGCAAGCACUCUUGAACAGAGUCAGCGUAUACAUAUUGGAUAUUGCAUACGACCACAUACAAAACGCAAAUACGAAAUCGACGGAGUGAACGACGAGAAGAGAGAAGAAAAAAAAAAGAAGAAAAAAUAUAUCUCGGAAUUGAGAAAAGACACACCGAAAAUUGGUUUUGGUUUCAGUGCAUUUUUUCAUUGUUUCCAUACAUUUGGACGAAGCGAACAAGCAAAAUUAUUGUUCGAAAAUCCGUAGUAUUGUGACCAGAAACGCCAAAAUUACGGUGAACUCUUAAAACAAAGGAUCAGUGCAAAAGAUAAUCGAUCGAACAAAAAAAAAAUCGUGUUUUGAGCACCGUAUACAUCGGAUCUUUUUGUUCUUUUUCCUUGUUUCAAGAAAACGACUUGGUAGCUCAAAUCCAAGCCAUUUACAAAACGAAACCACGACCGGUUGGUGAGUGUAUGUGUGUGUGUGUGAUCUAGAGGCAGAAAGACGACAAAUCAAUUCGAAACAUGGAAUUGCGUGUAGGAAAUAAAUACAGACUAGGCCGAAAAAUUGGUUCCGGUUCAUUCGGCGACAUUUACCUGGGAACAACCAUUAAAACCGGCGAAGAGGUUGCCAUAAAAUUAGAAUGCAUUCGAACGAAGCAUCCCCAACUCCAUAUAGAAAGCAAAUUUUACAAAAUGAUGCAGGGUGGUAUUGGAAUACCACGUAUAAUUUGGUGCGGUGCCGAAGGUGAUUACAAUGUAAUGGUGAUAGAAUUGCUUGGGCCGUCGCUCGAAGAUUUAUUCAAUUUUUGCUCGAGAUUGUUUACGCUGAAAACAGUGCUGCUGCUAGCCGAUCAAAUGAUAUCCCGCAUCGAUUUCAUUCAUUCACGCGAUUUCAUUCAUCGUGACAUCAAACCAGACAAUUUUCUGAUGGGACUCGGAAAGAAAGGCAACCUAGUGUAUAUGAUCGAUUUUGGAUUGGCGAAAAAGUAUCGUGAUUCACGGACCCUACUUCACAUACCGUAUCGGGAAAACAAAAAUUUGACCGGCACAGCGCGAUACGCAUCGAUAAAUACACAUUUGGGCAUAGAACAGUCACGUCGUGAUGACUUAGAAUCAUUGGGUUACGUACUCAUGUACUUUAAUUUAGGCGCACUUCCAUGGCAAGGUUUGAAGGCCGUUAACAAAAGACAGAAAUACGAACGAAUUUCCGAAAAGAAACUGUCCACGCCAAUCGAUACACUGUGCAAAAAUUUUCCCAGCGAAUUUCCAGCGUAUUUAACCUAUUGCCGCCAAUUACACUUUGAACAACGUCCCGAUUACAAUUACCUGCGAAAAUUGUUCCGAUCGCUAUUCCAUCAGAAGGGCUUCACAUAUGACUGUGUAUUUGAUUGGAAUAUGCUAAAAUUCGGUGGCUCACGGAAUGCGGUAGGAACAAAUGCAAUUGCCAGUGGGGCAGCCAAUAAUGCGGUGAGCGGUAGUGCUGGUGUCGGUGCGAUGGGAAGUGCUGCAAUGGCCAGCGGUACUGCGCAACAACCAGAGGAUAACGAUGGCCCAACGAAUAAACGUAAUCAAAUAUCAAAUCAUCCAAACGAAGAACCAGUGGCCACCAACAGCCCACGACCACAUGACAAACCGGAACGACGUUCAUCGGUGCGACUUCGAGGCCAAAACGUGGUGACUGAUACACGAAAUGCAAAAUAGGGGACAUCGAAACCUAUGUAAAACACAUUUCGACAGAAGGAACACUUGCGAAAAUCAAGCAAAAGGGAAAACAAGUAACAUUUAGUAUGGAGAAAAGUUAGCUUAAGGAUUCACACACAAUAGAAUGAGUUAGGAACAGAGGAGAGAGCAUGAAGUAAAAUAUUAUUAAAGAAAAUUUCAAAUAAAAAAAAAACAAUUGAAGAUGGAAAGAGUGAAACAGAAACACAAACUGAGAUGAAUAAGAACACAGCAGAACAUUUAUUGAAUUGUACUAAAUUUUACAACAACAACAACAACAACAAAUGAUGAAAUAUGUUUAUUUGAUUGAGGGGGAAAAGUGUUAUUAUAUUUAGUAACAAUUUGUCUCUAAAAUUAGAAAUGAUAAUGAACCAUUAGAGAGGGUAUUGUUUUCCUUUUAAUUUAAAACAACAACAAAAAAAAUAAUAAUACAAAAAUACACUCUUUUUUAUUUUGUUCUUUUUAUAUGUAUAUGUAAAAUACAUGUCUCUCCGCGUUUUAUUAAUUCGAACCAAUUUUUUCUUUGAAGAAAAGAAUGAACGUGAAUAAUACUGAAAUUAGUUUAAUAGACGCGGAAAUUAGCAGUUUUAAAAUGAAUCACAAUUACUCGUCGUUAUAUCUAUUGUCUACAUUAUUCGUCGUCAUUAUUCAUACAUAUAAAAAAAAAAAAAUAAAACUGCUAAAUUUACAGUUACAACUUACAUUUAUAAAUGGAAAAAAAAUUUCAAAGGAAUCAAAUAAAACUGACAAGAAAAAAAACCCACACAAAA